AUGCCAUUCGGCUUGAAAAAUGCGGGGGCGACAUAUCAAAGGCUGAUGAACAGGAUAUUCCACGACCUCAUAGGGAAAACAGUUGAAGUUUACGUGGACGACAUCCUGGCAAAAACAACACGACCUGACGACCUCUUGAACGACCUGGCAAGCGUAUUUGCGUCCCUCCGUCAACACGGUAUGAGGCUGAACCCCCUCAAGUGCGCCUUUGCCAUGGAAGCCGGCAGGUUCCUGGGAUUUAUGAUAACUCAGAGAGGGGUAGAAGCUAACCCGGAGAAAUGCCAGGCAAUACUCCAGAUGAAGAGCCCGGGUUGCAUCAAGGACGUCCAGAGGCUGGCAGGAAGGCUGACCUCACUGUCCCGAUUUCUCGGAGCUUCGGCAACAAAGGCCCUGCCAUUCUUUAACCUCAUGAAGAAAGGGAUGGCGUUUGAGUGGACACCCGCGUGUGAAGAAGCUUUUCAACAUUUCAAGGAAAUCCUGGCGGCACCCCCCGUUCUCGGGAAGCCAAAGGACGGGGAACCACUAUACCUAUACCUCGCUAUAACAAGCGAAGCCCUGGCCGCAGUUCUGGUACGGGAGGACGGGAAAGCUCAACAGCCAGUCUAUUUCGUAAGCAGAGCCUUGCAAGGGGCGGAAUUAAGAUAUAGCAAGUUGGAAAAGCUAGCCUUGGCACUCCUAACUUCCUCGAGGAGGCUUAAACAGUAUUUCCAAAGUCACCAAGUUGUCGUCAGAACGGACCAGGGGAUCCGGCAAGUCCUCCAAAAACCCGAUCUGGCGGGAAGAAUGAUGACUUGGUCCAUCGAGCUCUCCCAAUACGACAUACGAUACGAACUCCGGCAGGCCAUUAAGGCGCAGGCCAUGGCGGAUUUCUUAGUUGAAGUAACAGGAGACCCAAACGAAGACGUGGGUACACGGUGGAAGCUCCAUGUGGACGGAGCCUCCAACCAGACCUUUGGAGGUGCCGGGAUCAUCCUGGAAAGCCCGGUCGGGGUUGUAUACGAACAGUCGGUCAGGUUCGAGUUUCCCAUCUCGAACAACCAGGCAGAAUAUGAAGCCCUUAUAGGAGGCUUGACCCUAGCGGCAGAAGUCGGCGCGAGGAGACUGGAAAUAUGCAGUGACUCCCAAGUCGUCACUUCCCAAGUAAACGGUAGCUACCAAGCCAAAGACCCCUUGCUUCAGAAGUACCUGGAAAAGGUUAAAAGCUUGAGCCAAAAGUUUGAAGAGGUCACGGUCCACCACGUACCUAGAGAAAGGAACACACGGGCAGACCUCCUGUCGAAGUUAGCUAGCACAAAGCCGGGAGAAGGGAACCGGUCUCUCAUUCAAGGCAUGACGAGAGAACCCGCAAUCACACUGCACGUGACAAGCCUAGGUUCUUCAUGGCUAGACCCCAUCAUCGACUUCCUAGAACACGGCAAACUCCCUAUUGGCCAAAAGGAUGCGGCGAAAUUGAGAAGAGAAGCGGCCAAAUACGCCGUCAUCCAAGGACAGCUGUUCAGGAAAGGGCUCAACCAACCCCUACUUAAGUGCCUACAUCCCGACCAAACGGACUACGUCCUCAGGGAAGUCCAUGAGGGCUGCUGUGGGCACCACAUCGGAGGCAAGGCCCUAGCGAGGAAACUAAUCCGAGCCGGAUACUAUUGGCCGUCGAUGAUGGCGGACUCCAAAGAGUUUGUGAAAAAAUGCGUAAAGUGCCAGCAGAACGCCAACUUUGCCAGGGCGCCGGCCUCCGAGCUAAGCCUGCUAACGACCUCCCGGCCAUUCUCUCAAUGGGGAGUCGACCUCUUAGGACCCUUCCCAGUCGGCCCGGGGCAAGUCAAGAAAUUCAUGUGGAGGCAAGUGAUAACGCGAUUCGGGAUACCGGAGGUCGUCAUCUCGGACAACGGCACGCAGUUUACUGACAAAAAGUUCACGGAAUUUCUCAACGGCCUGGGUAUAAAGCAAAGGUUCUCCUCGGUAGAACACCCUCAGACGAACGGACAGGUGGAGUCCGCCAACAAGGUUAUCCUUUCAGGACUAAAAAAGAGGUUGGACAAUAAAAAGGGUGCUUGGGCCGACGAACUAGCAUCGUUCCUCUGGUCUUACCGAACAACCGAGCAAUCCUCCACCAAGGAAACUCCCUUCCGGCUAACGUACGGGGUAGAUGCUGUAAUACCCAUAGAGAUCGGUGAACCGAGUCCGCGGUUGCUUUUGAAAGGAGUAGAGGAAACCGUAGAAAAGGACCUUAUAGAUGAAGCCCGAGAAAUGGCCCAUUUGACAGAAACGGCGCUAAAACAAAGAAUGGCUUUGCGCUACAACACCAAAGUGCUCAAGAGGGAAUUCGAGCCAAACGACCUCGUCCUAAGACGGAAUGAUAUCGGCCCGCCGACCCCCGGAGAAGGCAAGCUAGCGGAUAACUGGGAAGGCCCCUAUAGAAUCAGGAAAGUGAUGGGAAAAGGAGCAUUCAAACUAGAAAGACUUGACGGCAAAGGCGUUCCGAGAACAUGGAAUGCGGACAACCUGAAAAGAUUCUACUCCUAG